CGUGUCUCCGCCUGACUCUAGUUGGCGGUAAUGCGCCGCCAUGUUGGAUGAUAACGGCUGAGUCUCGAGAGGAAGAAGAAGCGCUAACGGUCAACAUGGCGUUCAGUUUUGGCGGCGCCACGAGUAACACAGCAGCAAACACGUCCGGGUUUACAUUCGGUUCAUUUGGUGCCAAAACCACAGCAUCCACAGCAUUUGGCUUUGGCGCCGCAGCCACCACCACCACCGCCGCCUCCUCGUCCGGAUUCGGCACUCUCACAGCUCCUGGUUUUGGGGCAGCCACCACCACUGCUGCUGCACCAGCCACAGGAUUUAGUUUUGGCUCCACAAACACUGGCACGUUCGGUGGCUUUGGGACGACUACAACAGCUGCCACUGCACCUGGAUCCACUUUUAGCUUCGCUGCUCCCGCCAACACCACAGGAGGCCUCUUUGGUAACACACAGAACAAAGGGUUUGGGUUUUCCUCUGGGCUUGGCACUGGAACCGCUACAGGGACAGCAGGAUUUGGAACUGGAUUAGGAACAACUGGCCUGGGUGGGUUUGGAGGCUUUAAUAUCCAACCAACACAGCAGCAGCAAGGAGGUUUGUUUAGCCAGCAGGCCCAGCAACUGGGUCAGGCUCAACCCACACAGCUUUACCAGCAGGUCACUGCUCUCUCAGCACCCACCUUGCUGGGAGACGAGCGCGACUCCAUUUUAGCCAAAUGGAACCAGCUGCAGGCUUACUGGGGCACUGGAAAGGGGUACUACAGCAACAACAACCCGCCUGCCGACUUUACCCAAGAGAACCCAUUCUGCAGGUUCAAGGCGGUGGGCUACAGCUGCGUCCCAGUGAGUAAGGAUGAAGAUGGUUUAGUGGUCUUGGUUCUUGUUAAAAAGGAAGCUGAUGUGCGGGCUCAGCAGCAGCAGCUUGUGGAGUCCCUCCACAAGAUCCUGGGAAGCAACCAGACACUCACUGUCAAUGUAGAUGGUGUCAAAGCCCUGCCUAAUGACCAGACAGAGGUGAUCGUUUAUGUGGUGGAGCGCUCUCCUAAUGGCACCUCCAAGCGAAUCCCUGCCACCACACUCUUCAGUUACCUGGAGCAGGCCAACAUCAAGGCCCAGCUCACACAGAUUGGAGUGGCGAUGUCCGUCACACGCACAGAGCUGUCCCCAGCACAGCUCAAACACCUGCUGCAAAAUGCACCUGCAGGAGUGGACCCCAUCAUCUGGGAACAGGCUAAAGUGGACAACCCUGACCCAGAAAAAUUAAUCCCAGUUCCCAUGGUGGGUUUUAAGGAGCUGCUUCGCAGGCUGCAGAUCCAGGAGCAGAUGACCAAACAGCACCAGACCAGAGUGGACAUUAUCUCCAGUGAUAUCAGUGAACUGCAGAAGAACCAGGCGACCACAGUGGCCAAGAUAGCUCAGUACAAGAGGAAGCUGAUGGAUCUCUCUCACAGAGUGCUGCAGGUACUGAUCAAACAGGAGAUUCAGAGAAAAAGCGGUUAUGCUAUCCAAGUGGAUGAAGAGCAUCUCCGGGUGCAACUGGACACCAUUCAGUCUGAACUCAAUGCCCCUACACAGUUCAAGGGUCGGUUGAAUGAAUUAAUGUCCCAAAUCCGGAUGCAGAAUCAUUUUGGAGCCGUGAGAUCAGAAGAGCGCUACAGUGUUGACGCAGACCUUCUCAGAGAAAUCAAACAACACUUGAAACAGCAGCAGGAGGGUUUAAGUCAUUUGAUCAGCGUCAUCAAAGACGACCUAGAGGACAUCAAACUCAUAGAGCAUGGGCUGAGUGACAGUGGACACAUGAGAGGAGGCAUCCUGAGCUGAGUCUGUCCUACCAACACACACAUACAUAUGCUCUCACACUCGAUAUAAAUCCUCUGGAAAGUGGCAGACCUUUUUGUCAUGGUAUUGGAUUCACAGUAUCUGCUUUCUUCAUCACGGUGUUGGAAGGUUUAUCUAUGCCUCUAUGUCUGUACCACCAAAACAAUGAC